AUGCAGUCCAAGCUCCUCCUCGCCCUCUCGGCUGCUGCCGUUGCACCCACCGCCGCUGAGCAGGUCCUCGGCGUCUACAUCUUCCACCGCCACGGCGACCGCACGUCCAAGUCGUGGCCUCCCGUCAGCCUGACUCCCCUCGGCGCCGACGAGGUGGCCAGCUCGGCCGACUUCUUCCGCAAGCGCUACAUCGACGACGGCGCCUCGCUGCAGAUUGCAGACAUCAGCGCCGACAAGGCUGUUCUCUCCCAGCUGGCCAUCACGGCGCCGGUGGACAAUGUGCUGCAGAACUCGGCGGGCGUCUUUGCCCAGGGCCUGUAUCCCGCCAACAAGGCUGCCGGUUCCACCAAGCUUGCCAACGGCACCACCGUUGUAGCUCCUCUCGGCGGAUAUCAGUACAUCCCCGUCAACACCGUCACCUCUGCCAGCUCGUCCAACUCCGAGUCCAGUGCCUGGCUCCAGGGCAGCAGCGGCUGCAACAAUGCUGUUGUCAGCUCAAACAACUACUUCCUGAGCCCUGACUAUCUCAGCGACCUCAACAACACCAAGGACUUUUACCAGAACUUGCUGCCUGUGAUUAACACCACAUUCAACUCGAGCACGGCCACCUUUAAGAAUGGCUACACCAUCUUCGACUACAUCAAUGUCGCCACAAUUCACAACUCCUCCAUCCCCUCUGACAACCUCCUCACCAAAUCCACGCUCUCCAACCUCUACGACUACGCCUCUACCCACGAGUGGAACCUCGCCUAUAACAGCAGCGACCCCGCCCGCGCCAUUGCUGGCUCCGUUCUCGCCGGCCAGAUCGUGACUGCUCUUCAGGGCAUCGCCGACGGCAAGGCCGUCCCCAAGUUCAACAUCCAGUUUGGCGCUUACGCCGCCUUCAUGUCCUUUUUCGGCCUUGCUCAGCUGCCCGCUGCCUCCAACGACUUCUACGGCAUCUGCGACUACGCCUCCGCCAUGGUGCUCGAGCUCGUCGCCCCCAGCGCCACCCAGACCUCCGAGGACGAUCUGACCGUUCGCUUCCUCUGGUCCAACGGCACUGCUGCCGAGAACGGCCUCAAGGCCUACCCCCUGUUUGGCCAGAAGGAUACGUCCAUCAGCUGGAACGACUUCAAGACCGGCAUCAACAAGUUUGCCGUCGCAAACACCUCUGACUGGUGCUCUACCUGCGGCAACACCGACGGCAGCUGUGCCUCCAACACCACCGCCAGUGCUUCAUCUGAGAAGUCUAUCGACCACAGCAACAUCACCAGACCUGUUGCUGGCGUCAUUGGUGCUCUCGUCACUCUGGGUGUCAUCUUCCUCGUUGAGGCCCUCGUCAUGCUACUUGGUGGCCUGCGACUCGUUAAGAAGUCGACUCUGGCUAAUGCCCGUGCAGCAUCUGCCUCUCCUGCAGUCAAGGCGUAA